AUGGCAAGUUUGAACUGGAGUUAUCAAGGCAACAAUGGACCUGACCACUGGCACAAGUUAUACCCUAUUGCCAAUGGAGAUCGUCAAUCUCCUAUUGAUAUUAAAACCAAGGAAGUAAAAAAAGAUGCAUCUCUGGGGCUUCUCCAGAUCACCUGGAAACCUUCCACAUGCAAAGAGAUCGUCAAUGUUGGACAUUCAUUCCACGUGAAUUUUGAGGAUAAGGACAAUCAAUCAGUGCUGACUGGCGGACCUCUCACUGGAACAUAUAGAUUGCGGCAGUUUCAUUUCCAUUGGGGCCAAACAGAUGAGCAAGGCUCAGAGCACACAGUGGAUGGAAAGAAAUACGCCUCAGAGCUUCAUCUCGUUCACUGGAAUGCGGACAAGUAUUCAAAUGCAGCUGAGGCUUUCGACAAGCCGGAUGGCUUGGCAAUUGUCACUGUUUUCCUGAAG